AUGAUUCCUCCAAACUCAUCACAACAGCCACCUUUCAGCGCUGGCUUCGGUCAACAGCAACGUCCGAUCACGUUGGCAAAUUCUGUCCUUCACCUUCAACCCAUGCAGCCAUCGAUGAAUCAAGGUCUUUACCAUCAUCCACCAAUGAUGAAUCUCAACCCUUCCUCUCAAUCAUCAGGAAUGAUGGGUGGUCGAGGUGUGAUGUUCAAUAAUCAAUACAACACCAGUCACACGAGUCAUAAUAAUAAUAACAACCACUACCAUUACAAUCAAGGUGAUGUUCCUUCCUAUCAUCAACAAGGUCCUCCUCCACAAGGACUCACCGGACAUGGACAGAAUACAACUUUUCCACCUCAACCACAACACCAACCACAACACCAACCACAACAUCAAACGUUUGUACCUCCUCAGUUCCACUCUGAACACAUGAAUCAGCAACAGUUGUUUCCAUCGACUGGAGGAGUAGGGAGAGGUGUGGGAUAUCAAAGUCCAAAUCGAGAUAACCACCACCCAAUGAUUGCAGGCAAUUCUGGUUUCUCUCAGAGAGUUCCCAUCAAUUCUCCAAUGUCACCCGAUCUGUCUGAUUCAUUGCCAAUGGUUCUCAACACCACUAAAACAACACCAUCAGCAAUGUCAAACACCGCAACUGUCAAAGUUGCCAAUGUUCCUCCCUCUCAAUCUGUCCAAUCAAUUUUGAAGUUGUUCAAAUCGAAAGUUCCUGCUUUGGAUGGACAUGUGCUGAAAGAGGACAAGAUUGCGAGAUUGGGUGAAAGUGCUACUGCUUACUUCUUUUAUUUGAAUAUUACUGAUCCAGAAGUUGCAAAACAAGUGGUCAAAAAUUGUCACAAGAAAUCUUUGGACAAUCAAGAGCUCUGGAUUACUCUAAAAGAGGCCUCAUCAAAGAAAAAUGAACAGCCUGCAAAAAAGAGUCCAAACUAUGAAGAAGGUUCUGUGGAAAAUCAAUUAGAAACCGACACCUCAAGUGUUGAAACUUCACUUUAUAGAUUCAAUUAUUUGAAACAACAUUCCUUAUUGAAAGAUACCUCUAAUUACAUUCAUAAUGUACAAGGAGAUACUGUGGUUAUCCUUCUUACUGGAAACAAUUUAACAAGCACUCAGAUUAGAAAUGAAUUGAAAAAUAUUGUAGAAUUCUCUUGUUCGAAGGAUAUGAAGAAGGUUGUUUAUCAAUCCGUCCAAGCAGAGACAAAUAGAAAGUCAUUCAAGGAACUUCCCAAUCAUUACCUGUCUUUUACUCCUGUUCAAUAUGAAGAAAUGAUCAAAGUCACUUGUCAUGUUGCUUGUGAAAUAAGAAAUCGACCCAUCAUUGAAGAGGCUGUGAAGAAAAUCAUGAAUGUUAUGUCAUACCCAGUCAAAGUGAAAACUAUUCCAGCCCAACACGUGUUUCAAUAUAACAAGGCAUUGUUGAAGUCACUCAAAGAACUUUUUAAGCCACUUUCCAUUGAGUACUUGGAGAAUGAAGCUACCCUCUUGAUUUGGGGAUACAAUAGACCUCUUAUUAUUGAUUCUUUUAGACAGUUAUUUGAUUGGGUUCAAGAGUUGAUGAAUGAUCCAGCUCAAAUACCUCCACUUCCAGGCUCUGCGUCAUCCCAAGAACCAUUGCCACAAUUCCAUGCAUUGAACAAAAUUGAUGAUCCUAUUCACUAUGAACUCUUACCAGUGACUGCUUUUGAGUACAAUCACUGGAGACAAACAAAACAAGCCCUAAUACUUCAAGCAGUGGCAGAGAAACAAGUCACUGCCAUUGAUUUUGUCGACAACAACAAAGUUUUCCACAUUGUAAAAGUGGGAAACUGUUUCAUUUACAUGACAAACACUGAUAUGUUCGACAAGACAUUAUCAGUGGAUGUUUUGGUGAAUUGUGCCAAUCCAUAUGAAGAAUCUCCUCUUUCACAGGAAUUCAAAACUGCUGCUGGUACUUUUGUCUCACACGAAUUCAGUAUGAAGAUGGAAACAUUUGAAACGCAUUCACAAGCUGGAAUUGGCACCUUAAUUGAGACAUCUCAUGGAAAUUUAUCCAAUUUCAAAUUUAUUUAUCAUCUCCUUCUUCCGAAUGAUGGUGAAUUGGAAGAAGAUGUAAUUGUAAAAGCAGUCGAAAAUAUUCUUCAAACUGCUGAACAAAACAAAAUCAAAUCUCUUGCCAUUCCUCCAUUCAGACAUGAAGGUGAACAACUAUCUAAGGUAAUCAAGGUCAUGACAAAAACUCUGGAAAAAUACUUUGUGGAACAUCCAGAGAGUUGCAUACGAGAGAUUCACCUUAUCAAAAAAGAAGAAAAGAAAAAAAAGGUUCUAAAAGCAUUUUCACAAGAAUUUGAAAAAAUCUCGGCUUUGACAUGUUACAACAAUCACGCUCCAAAUAUGUUCGUCGAGGAGGAUGAUGUAAAAGGAUUCACUGGAACCUGCUGCCACCGUUAUCUCUCCGAGUAUCACUGGGAGCCUUUCACUGAAAAGGAAAUGAAUUCCUUGUGUGAACAGUACAAUAACAAUCCACAUUCAUCCUUUAUUCUCAAGGAUGAUGAAGGAACAGAACAUUUAGUCAACUUUAAGGACAUGACAUUCUUCCAUUCCACAAAAGGUGAACUUUAUAUUCAACUCAUUCCUAAAGGUCAUGUCCUUGCUAUUUGGUUCUACAAAGAUGAGCAAAACCAGAGUAUACCAUUCACAGCCGAGGAAUCUCGCCGCAUUGAGGAAGCUUGGAAAGAGGGAAACAGACACCUUUGUCUUGACAACAAUAACUAUAUUUCGUUUGAGACGUUUGAAAAAUUUGAUGGUUCAACUCAAACAAAAGUAGGGAUUGAGAGAUACUCAGUACGCAAGGUAGUGGAAGUUCAAAGAGAUGUUCCCCCACUUUGCAAGAAAGGAGAUGUUUUAUAUGUAGUAUGGAUCGAUGGUGAUAAUUACUGGUGUGUAAAGAGUGACGGUCAACAAUUAACAAUUAAGGAAAAUGAGAGCAAGGGCCUCAAAGUUACACAAGACACCAGAAAAGUCAUUGGUCCGAAGAUGCACAUGAUCAAACUAAUUUCUCCUAAAAAUUGUCCAGAAAGAUUCACAUAUGAACAUUACAAAAAAGUUCAUUUCCAACUUUAG